CCCGCCCCGCCGCGCUCUGCCCUUUCCGGCGCGGGCGGCCAAGAUGGGGACGCCGCAGAGGGACGUUGUCAUCGGCCCCGAUGCCCCCGGCACGUUGCUUUCCGAGAAACACGCCGACUACAUAGCUUCGUAUGGGACGAAGAAAGACGAUUACGAAUACUGCAUGUCAGAGUACCUGAGGAUGAGUGGUGUUUACUGGGGGCUGACAGCAAUGGAUCUGAUGGGACAGCUGCACCGGAUGAAUAAAGAAGAGAUUCUGGCAUUCAUCAAAUCAUGCCAGCAUGAAUGUGGUGGAAUAAGUGCCAGCAUAGGUCACGAUCCUCAUCUUCUCUAUACCCUCAGUGCUGUCCAGAUUCUUAUCUUAUAUGAUAGUCUCCAUGUUGUUGAUGUAAAUAAAAUUGUUGAAUAUAUACAGAACUUGCAAAAAGAAGAUGGAUCAUUCGCUGGAGACGAAUGGGGAGAAACAGAUACAAGGUUCUCCUUCUGUGCUGCAGCAACUCUUGCACUUCUGGGAAGGCUGGAUGCUAUUGAUGUGGGGAAGGCAGUAGAAUUUGUUCUGUCCUGUAUGAACUUUGAUGGAGGAUUUGGCUGCAGACCAGGUUCUGAAUCACAUGUGGGACAGAUCUAUUGUUGCACAGGAUUUCUGGCCAUUACAGACCAGUUGCAUCAAAUCAACGUUGACUUGCUGGGUUGGUGGCUUUGUGAACGUCAGUUACCUUCAGGAGGUCUCAAUGGACGGCCAGAGAAGUUACCUGAUGUAUGUUACUCGUGGUGGGUGCUAGCAUCUCUGAAGAUGAUUGGUAGGUUACAUUGGAUUGACAGAGAGAAACUGCGCUGCUUUAUUUUGGCUUGCCAGGAUGAGGAAACUGGAGGAUUUGCUGACAGACCAGGAGAUAUGGUGGACCCAUUUCACACCUUAUUUGGAAUAGCUGGACUAUCUUUAUUGGGAGAAGAACAAAUUAAGGCUGUCAAUCCUGUCUUUUGUAUGCCAGAAGAUGUCCUUCGAAGAAUAAAUGUACAGCCUGAGCUUGUGAGCUAAGCCUUCGAGACAAAAGGUUGAUGGUGCCCAGUUGCUUUGGUUCUACUAAGUUAAGUCAUCUCAUCUCUGAAACGAUUAACAGCCUGUUAAACACUUUGAGACGUGUUUACAUUACAAAAGUAAAGCAGUAGCUUUACUGUGGGCUUUGUUCCUGUGUAAACUGUAUCAGAACGGGCUGGUUCUAAUCUGAGUGUAACAUGUUCUUUGGUUGUAUAUAAGAGGUGUAGAAACAUUUCUAAUCUGUAUCUAAAUAUAUGGCUUUUUUUUUUUUUUUUUAGCAUUCAAGUCAAACUAAUAAUGUGAAUGCUUAAGUUUUCUAUCUCUGUGGUAUCAGCCAUGCUAGCAUCCGUCUUUACACAAGCAUGUUUUGAUGGUGGAUCACACAAUACACUUUAAAAGAACAUGAAAAAACCCACCCAAACAAAACUCUGCAUAAGCCCUGCACUUAAUGCCACUCGUAUAUUUAAUUCUCCCUGUUCAGGGUUGCCAUCGCGUUUACAGACUGAGAAAGGAGUUUUUUCUUCUGACAGUAAUUGACACCAGUGAAAACAAAAAUUACGGUUCCAUUAGGAAUAUAAAUGUAUUAAUUUAUUGAUGGAGUCCCUUAGACAAAAUUUCACUUAUGUUUGAAACAGAGCAUACCUUGAGUAUGUGUAGUGAAACUUGCUAAGCAUUCUAGAGAAGGUCUCUCUAGGACAGUGACUUGUAACUGAAUAUAGAGUUGAUCCUAAAUUUGUUGCUGGGUUGAAAUUCUUAAUUUGUUGCUUUAAAGACAGUAAUUGCCAACUCCUGAUGAUGGUGUAAUUGAGAAUAAAACUGUGGAAAACACUUGUUCUCUGAA